AUGUACACUUACACCCCCACCCACCGUUUCUUGGUUCUCUCUGCCACUGUGUCUGGCCCCUACCACCCUGGCAACAAGUUCCUCGUCUUGUCUCCCACUGAAUCUGGCCCUGAUCCCCGCGCCUGGGAAGACGAGUCCCAGAUCGAGACCAGCUCCGUUGAGGAAAGCCCUGAGUUGGCUCCUGUCAACCGUGCCCGCACCAAUAGCUCUCUUUCCACCAACUCUUCAGCCUCCCUCAAUGACCUUACCGCCACCCUCCCAAGUGGUUUCCUCUACCUUGGUCAUGGCAAGAAGCAGCACUAG